AUGAGUUCCAACACCAAGACGAUUGCUUUCCUCGGUGGCACCGUUGGCGUUGGCCUUUCCGCGCUUAAGCACACACUUGCCGCUGGCCACCAAUGUAUCGCCCUUUGCCGUACCCCAGCUAAGCUCGCGGCACUAAUCCGACUCGAAUCAACACCCAACCUUAAGAUCGUCGAAGGCAAUGCACACGAUCUAAGCGCAGUCACAAAAUGCAUCCAGGCCGACAAUAAUGGAGAAAAAUUCGUUGACAUGAUCGUGUCCACAAUUGGCAGCCGACCUAAGGGUGGCAUAGCUCCUGAAGACCCGCAAUGCUGCAGGAAAGGCGCCGCUGUCAUGGUCGAAGCCAUCAACAAUCUUCGAAACAACGGAGCUACUGGCAACCCGCAUAUAGUCAUAUUUAGCACCACGGGUCUAUCCAAAUUUGGACGUGAUUACCCUUGGGUGCUUUGGCCAAUCUAUGGAUGGCUUCUCAAAGCUGCGCACGAAGACAAGGAGUUGAUGGAGAAAUAUUUUAUGGAAAGUGGGCAGCCGUUUACAGUGGUGCGUGCUAGCUUGCUGACUGAUGGUGCUACUGAUAAGACCGUCAAGGUUGGUACUGAGGAUCCGAAGACUGGACGCGAGUCGUUGAAUAUCGGAUACUUCAUUUCUCGAGAAGACGCUGGGAAAUGGACUGCAGAGAAUCUGGUCUUUAAAGAGGAAAAGCAGUAUCUCAAUAAGAUUGUGAUGAUUACGACUUAA